CAUGUCUGCCGUUGGAAGUGGAGUAUCAGAUGAGGAGAUUGUACGUAUGAGUACGUCUUCAACAUCAGGAUCACCAUCAUCAUCGGAACGUCGAAGUCCUCUUCAUCAUGUUCAACAUAUUCAACAUCUGGUUGUCGAGGAAGAAAAAGCAAAUGUGUUCCGUCCUUGGGAAAGUCCGAAAAGGCCCUCUCCCGACUCGUCACCGCGUCGUUUUAAGCCGUUGGCCAAGUCGAAUGUACUCGGAUCGAAAGAGAUUAGUACUCUGGAAUCUUGGUUCUUAAAUGAAGCUACAUCGGAAGGUAUUCACGAUAUAAAAAUCCAAAGAAGAUUGGCUUCUUCGUUGAAUACGUCACCAGCACAUAUUAGAACUUGGCUUCGCCAAAGAAUGAAACAGAAGAAUCAUUUAAAAUCUUCUCAGCCUCAAAUAAUCCCCUUCUCUGGUCUUGCCUCACCAUGUCCCGUUGCUCAACAACAUUACAACAACGCCUAUCUGUACAACAGUUAUCCAUCUCCAACAACUUCGUAUACGCCGUAUUCUCCAUCGCCUCUCGGUAAUAUGACAGGAGCUUCACCAGCGAGUGCCAUCCACGAUAAUUUUAUAGGAUAUGGAGGACAUAGCAUGAUUUCACCCCAUUCUAUCAAUUAUUCUACACCACCAGCACCAUUACCGCCCACUCAUCAUCCCUCAUCAUCGUCAUUCGCACCUUUACAGCUACAGCCUCCGCCACCGGCUCCUGCCCCAUCAUUGAAUCCCCAAUCAAGUAUGACUUCACCAGCAACAACUAAUGAACCAGAGACGAAAAAGAAGAGGACAAGAAAAAAUUUCGCACCCGAAAUAAAUAGUAUUCUGAACGAAUGGUUCGAAGCGCAUAAAGUCACUCCAUAUCCAACAGAGGACGAGAAGCAAGAGUUGAUGUCUAAAACAGGAAUUUCACAGAAGCAGCUUAAAGAUUGGUUCGGAUCUUCCCUUAAGAAAAUCGUGUUAGCCGUAUUUGUUUACGCGCUUGUACAUUAUUGCGGUUUUAUUUACAUUUCCGUAUAUAGGCUAAGGGUUGAAGAUUAUAGCCUAGUCAAGUUUCAUCCAAUCGAUAGAACUGACGAAGAUAAUAUAAACGACAUUCUAGCAAUAAUUGAUAUGGCUAUUCAAUACGGUGAAGACUUAGAACCAAAAACUCAGGAUUUCGAAGAAACCGAUGACUGA